UUCUCUAAUCCACUCUUCAGCUGGUCUGUAACUAGUCAAAUUAUAAGGGUUACUAAACAGGAUGUCUGACUUUGACGAAGACCCAGUAUUAUCGGAUGUGGAAGGAGAAGAAGAACACCUUAAAGAAGCCGAAGAUGAGAAGGUAGAAGUUCAACAUUUAACCCAAGAAAUCAUAAGUCAAGGGCUGUCAUUGCUUUGCCGAACAGGAAAUGGAUUAGCACACGCAUUUGUCAAGCUGAACCUUCAGAAAAGAGGACUGGAUGAUAUAGCUGCAAUCAACAGUUAUAUUCACAUACGUUUUCUGGAUUUAUCCAACAACCACCUUGCUGAUCUUUCUCCUUUGUCAUCUCUGACCCAGCUUCUUUGGCUGAAGGUCGACAAUAAUGCUGUGAUGUGCUUCAAAGAGCAACCGUUUGCUCAACUGACCUACCUGCAGUGGCUGAGUAUAGCAAUGAAUCAGCUAACUGAUGUAGAUGGCCUAGUUGGGCCUGCCUUGGAAAGCCUCAAUCUUACAGGUAACCGUAUUCAGAGGCUUAAUGGUUUCCAGUAUGGCAGUUUUGCAAAUCUGGUAACUCUAGAGUUGAGGGGAAAUCACUUGGAAACCACUGAUGGCAUCAACCUCCCACAUCUCCAGCAAUUGUAUCUGGCCCAAAAUGCUAUCAAACGUCUUGAGGGUUUGGAGAAGUUAGAGCGCCUCACCACACUUCACCUUCGAGACAAUCAGCUAGAGUCGCUCGACGGCCUCAGUCCCAGCAUGAAGUGUCUUCAGUACCUCAAUGCCAGGUGCAUGGUCACAUGGAAAACUUCAGUCCUAGGCAAUGCAAUCAUAGAUGAGAAUGCUCUACGAUACAUUGGCUUUCUGUCACAAAGCCUUCGCGUGUUGGUUCUCUCUGGGAACCCAGUCGCGGAAAAUUCCGAAUACCGGAUAAAUGUGCUGAUACUAGUGCCACAGCUGGAAAGACUCGACAAAAAUCCUGUCUUCCCUGAGGACAGAGCUGAAGCCUGGGAAAGAAUCAGGGAACUUCGAGAAGAGGAAAUGUAUGCGCAAUAAGAUGUGUAAUUAUGGCCAGAAUGGGGAAGUGUUGGACUGACUUCAUUUUCUUGAAAUGACCUGUUGUCUGAUGAUGAAUGACCAAAUACACCUCUGUAUGAAGUACUCUAUGUUUUGGUACAGUAUCUUGUAGGAUUAAUCAUCCAUGACUUUGCACAAAAAAUGUUUUUCAUUUCCAUACACUCAUUGUUACAG